GUAUGGAGAUCACAGGACAACCUAUUGUCACUCAGGGGACAUGUACUUUAGUCCAGUCUCUGACAGUGAAAGCAUGGAGCCAGUAAAAUUUGAGGAUGUGGCAGUGAACUUCACCUCAGAAGAGUGGGCUGUGUUGGAUUCUAGUCAAAAGAAGCUCUACAGAGAUGUGAUGAAGGAAACAUUUUUGAACCUGAUCUCCAUAGAAAAAGCACUAGAAGAAAAUAUUGAAGAGGACUAUAAAAAUCUCAGCAGGAAUAUGGGAGUUCAGAGGAUUGAGAAAGACCAUGGAAAUGAAUGUCAUAAUGAGUGUGAUAAAAACCAGCAAGCUAGUCCAGAGAGUAUGAUCAAUAAAGACACACCUUCCAGAGUAAGAGCUCAUAAGACUCCAUUGCUUGUAACAAAUAUCAUUGGUGAUUUAUCCUUACAUGGGUAUCUCAGAGAAAAAGAUAGAGGGAAACCAACACUGUAUAAGGUAGCUGUGGCAAUAGCUUUUAAACAUCAGAAACAUUGGAAAGUAAUCAGUUAUUCUGAAUCUUUUCAGGUAGUUGAAACUUCUCCUGAAGAGAAACCCGGGAAAAAACAAUAUAAAGAAGCCUGUAGGAGUCUGUGUUUAGAUCAGUCUCAGGAGAGACCUUAUACUGGAGAUAAACUCAAUGAGGAUGUGUUCAUGAGAUACACACAGGGACAGAAUGAUGAACAAAACCAUAAAGAAGUGAAACAAUUUGUAUGUAGUUUCUGUGAAGAAUCCUUCAUUGAUUCCAGUGAGCUUUCCAACCAUGAAAAAAGUCAUAUUGAAGAGGAAAGGUACAUUUAUUGGCAAUGUGGCCAAACAUUUAAAUAUAAAACAUGUUUUGAGAAACAAAAAGUAACUCACAAAGGAGAGAAGCCAUAUGCUUCUAUACAUUAUGGAAAAGCCUUCACCCAAUUCAAUCAUCAUAACAGUCAUGAAGGCAGUUACACUGGACAAAAGCAUUAUGCCUGCAAGCAUUGUGGAAAUAACUUCACCAGUUCUUCUUAUCGAAACAUUCAUGAAAGAAUUCACAUGGGAGAGAAACCUUAUGCAUGUAGGCAUUGUGGAAAAGCCUUCAGCAACCGCAGUACUCGUAAUAUACAUGAGAGGAACCACACUGGAGAGAAACCUUAUGCAUGUAAGCAUUGCGGAAAAGCCUUCAGCAACCGCAGUACUCGUAAUAUGCAUGAGAGGAGCCACACUGGAGAGAAACCUUAUGCAUGUAAGCAUUGUGGAAAAAAUUUCACCAGUUCUUCUUAUCGAAACCUUCAUGAAAGAACUCACACUGGAGAGAAACUUUAUGCAUGUAAGUAUUGUGGAAAAGCCUUCAACAACCGUUCUUAUCUAAACAUUCAUGAAAGAAUUCACACUGGAGAGAAACCUUAUGCAUGUAAGCAUUGUGGAAAAGCAUACAGCAUUUCCAGUACUUGUCGUUUUCAUGAAAGAAUGCACACGGCAGAGAGAAAUCAUACAUGCAAGCAUUGCGGAAAAUCCUUUUUCUGUCUCAAGUAUCUGAAAAGGCAUGAAAUAAUUCACACUGAAAAAACGCCAUAUGCAUAUACAUGUAAGCAUUGUGGAAAAGCCUUCAACCACUCCAGUAAUCGUUACAGACAUGAGAGGAACCACACUGCAGAGAAACCUUAUGCAUGUAAGCAUUGUGGAAAAAAGUUCACCCGUUCUUUAUGUCGAAACAUUCAUGAAAAUAUUCACACUGGAGAGAAACCUUAUGCAUGUAAGCGCUGUGGAAAAGCCUUCAACAGUCCCAAUAGUUGUAAGAAACAUGAACGUAUGCACACUGCAGAGAAACCUUCUGCAUGA